CACACCCUGUCAGCCAUGCAGUCAUCUCAGUACUUCAUUCGGGCCCUCAAAACAAAUCCAGAUGACCCCUUAAAGAUACAGUUAGCGCGCCAAGCUUGGGAUGAUAGGUCUUUCUAUGCGCCACGAAAGGGAGAGGCGAUUGCAGACUGGAUUUUGACGCAAUUUAGCAAACGUUCUGUACAGCUGAAACGCUCUUUGAUAGUCAGUACUGGACUCUAUUGCACGAUGUUAUCUCUAGCAGCGAUUCAGGACAUUGGCUCCCUUCUCUACUGAACCGCGUCGCGUUUGCUCCUAUCGUCAUUUCCUACUUGAAGGACCUCCAGGAAAUCUCAACCACUUCCAUGUUUCGGAGAUGCAUAGAGAUUAUCUGGCCACUCUCUGCGCAAAAGAUAACCAUAGAGUAUCUCCUCGAGUGCUUCAGUUCACUGCUUCAGUUCUUGAGAGGCGGCGGCCUCGAGGACGACAUCCUCACAAUCGGACAAUACAUAAUGACCUCCUAUCGGCGGGCCUUACUAGCUACCGCUCUAAAGAAGAAGAUAUGCACACACUUCAUACAGAAUCAUCUUUCCAACUGGACCGUUGUCAUUUCACAAGUACCCACCGACCUUCAUCGUGCCAUACAACUUGGAGGACUGGAAUCUCUAUUCAAUCUGGACGUUUUGCGAGAUAACAAACUGGAACAUUUCUUCCUCGACAGUCUCGCGAGGCUUGAUCCCGAGACCGUCGUCCCCACGUUACCUGUGUUCUUCGCUUUCUAUAUACAGACAACGAGGAGGUUUCGUGGAGUCCUAUUCAGCCAGACCGCAAAUCGGGAUUCAAAUAAGGAGUUUCGUGCUGCCGGAUUUAGAUUUCUUGGAUCAUGCCAAACAAUUCUUAGGCAAUCGAGCUCCCGUCACCUCGUAUGGACUUGCACAGCGUCCCUUCUGGAUGUUGUGGUUCAAGAAAACCUGUGGGUCGGUAGUAAAGACGACAGUAACCCAAUCCUGAGGGAGAUCGUUAAUUUCGCUUUAGCAGAGCUAGUGCUCAGCGAGCAAGACUCCCAACUGGUUGAUCCAAUCAUCAAAAGCUUAUCAGCAGUUACCCGAAUCGAUUAUAUAUUUAUCGGACCUGUAUUGUCGGAUAUUCUCUCAAGAUUAUUGCUGCUACAAAUACCAAGUCCUUCAACACCCUCACUGUUGGAAAUGAUACUCGAGUACCAUAUCAAAACACGAACGAUGGACAGUUAUAUCACGAAUCUUUUUAGAGCGGUCCACUCUAUCCAGCAUUCAACAGACCCCUCACGUUGUCGUGACCUUCACGAUAUCUCUUUAAGUAGUUGUGUCCUCCAUCCUUCCCAUCUCACAAGUCUGUCAAGAAAGGUUCACGACCAUUCAACUCCGAGUCAGACGGUCGAGAUCGCACGUUUCAUUAUUGGCUCUAUCUCAGAGCUUUGGGAUAGCUACAAUUUGUUGGAUAAGGACAAACAUAACAGAGAGUGCCACGAAAAUAAUCGGCAAUUGCACGGCGAUGACUCCGCUAACUUACCGCUGCGUCGUUUCCUGGCGUCCAUCAUUUCCAUCUCGGGUCGUAUAGCAGUCGCUAUCAUAUCUUCGCUCUCAUUGGAUUCUUUACCGAAAUCGUCGAGGGCAGAGUUCAUCUCACUCUUGGAGAACUUCUCAAAAGUUCUAUCCAACGCGUUAUUGAAAUUGAUGACCAGUGCAUUAUCCACAACCCCGGGCGAUCUCGAGGGUGACAACGUUUGGUCAGAUGAGAUUGUGAUUGUGGCUGCACUUCAGAUGCACCACGCAUCGGCGUUACAGAACGGUCUGGUUCAUCACGAUCAUUUCCGUCCUGAGAUUGUUUCAAUUCUCAACUCGAAGGCCUACCACUUACCCGAAUUACGGUUAGAACUUGUUCGGCAAUUUUUGCUUAACUGUUUGACGUCGAAGUCAUCCGAACUUGACGGCGUUUUGGCGUCAGUCCUCGACUUUCCGAGGGAUUCAUUGAUGGCUUUAGAUGAUUUGAGGUUGCUUCACAUGCUGACGCAGAGGUGGCUUCCUAUCCUGGACGCUCGUGCCUCCGAGGAGCACCUCGAAAUAUUUGCGCAUCUCUUCUUGAUGCCCCGAUUCACUGUAGGCUCGGAAGAAAGUACCGCAAUGAGGAUGCUUAUAUCCCAAUGCUUUUCCUCAGCUGAGUUCUGGGAGCUCUCAAACCUGCGAGGUAUUCUGCUCGGAACUAUUGAUCGAAACACAAGUCCCCUGGAUAACGAUAGGGAUGUCUUGCAGGAGGACAUUCAAAGACAACUCAUCUCUGUCUUUGAUGCCACUCUCGUUUUUCCGGUCGACUAUAUCCCCCGAAGUCUAAAACUUGCACUAAUCUAUCGGGCGCACCGCUUAGACAAGCUUUUAUGUUUGCGAAAAGGGUCCCUUGAGCCGGCUGCCAUCCAAUCAGUUUAUACUCUACGCAUGCUUGUCAACCGCCUUAUGACGAACCUUGGGCCCUACGAAUACCCUGACGCGAUUCAGAUGCUUGAAAGCCUGCAGGAAAAUCCAACAGUCUCCAACUCUCAAGAACUACUUUUCGCGACUCUAAAUCUCGGGGAGACGUGCCUAAGAGCCAUACUCAAGAACUCCCGUCAAGAUCCCGCCAAACUCGAUUCUGUCAUACAUUCCUGCUCUCUCAAUCUACUGGAUCCCGUUCACAUAAUUCGUUUGAAAUGCUUUGAGCGUUUCAUAGUGAUUUUACAAAAGGAAUACAAUGUCAAUGACUUCCCCCAAUCUGUCACAUUCGCACUCCAAGGACUUUUCGACCACCUGGCAAGGACACUUGAACCCCGUCUCCAAGUCUUCAGCGUCAACGUGGCUAUUGAUAGCCUAAGCACCCAACUGUUAUCCUUACAAGUGUGGCAUCAUUUCUUAAUUUUGGGUCGAUGGUUGGAUGUCGAAGAUUCAACCAUACCUAUGAUGAGUCCACAAUUAUGGAAGAUUAUCUCUAACCUUCCCCCAUCACUUGGCUCUGUGAACCUGUGGAAGGAUCUUUGCGAAACUGUCUUCGCCCUCGUUACUGAGGAAACGCGAUGGUGCACUAACAAUCGUCACGCGCAUCUGGAGCUAACACUAGCGAUGUAUGUGGAACUUUCUCGAUGGAUAGAACGGUCUUUUACCGUCGGAGAUCGAUCGAAUAUCAUCAGAGUGCUAGAGGACGAUUUGUCGUCUCUUAUCCACGACCUUCCCGGAGAGAUCUUCGAACAUUCACUUAACUUGCUGGUAGCUGCGUUAACUAAGGGGCCAGAGAACGAUUUGCGGUUUAUUUUGAACGUCGCUAUUGUCCUCUUGCAAGAUCCCCCGAGAAGCACACUUCUACCCACACAAUUAUUCACCACGGCCUGCAUUAAUGCCUUCAACGAUCGUGGCUCGUUCCAUCAAGGUACAACCAUCGUUCGUUUGAAUGUUCUUCGUUUUCUAUCUCAGAGAUGCCGUGAUCGUCCCGCCGCUCUUAGGCUUGCAGACUUAGGAGGGAUAUGGUCCCUACUUACGCGGAUCUUAUCAAGGUCGGACAAACAUGACCCAGGGACCAGUAUCGAAAUCUUCACAGCCAUAUGCUCAAUAUGCAAUGCCUUGAUUCGACUUCGCCGCGAUUUGGUGGUCUUCUCUCUCCCCCAUUUAACGGCGGUCCUCCAGCUCCUGGUCAUGACUAUGCGCACCCCGAGACCCAAUCUUGGCGGCAAACAGACUGAAGUGGUCUCCAACACUCUGCCAAUGUGGAUGAAUGUGCGACAACCACCUGGCCCAGAGGAGGCAAAGUCUCUCGCUAGACUACUAGUAUCCCUAUCGACAAAAACGGCAGUCAAAUACUAUGGCUCCUCGACCGAAUAUCAGAAAGCAGAGUCGCUCGCGCAACCUUUUUCCAAGCACGCUGCGUAUGUUUUGAAGGCAUACAUCCAAGCGUCCAAUGACCCUCUUUGUGUUAUUCCCUCCGUAAUUAGGAGGGCUUUAACACCAGGCCUUUAUUCCUUGUGCAACAUGAUGAAUGAGUUCAACAGGGAUGCACUGAUGGCAUCGAUUACCGACGUGGGUGAGAAAGCUAUUCUCAAAGCACUGUGGAAAGAAUAUGAGAAGCAGCGAUAUGUUGGGAAAGGUUGAAGCAUGUUCCGGCCGUGAACAACA